AUGAAGACAAUAGGAGAAAUUCUUCUUGUAGCGGUUUGUCUUCAAUCGAGCUUAGCGUUCCAAGCUCCUGUGACUAAUACAGCAUCCUUCAGUCGUCUGUCACCACCAACGUCGACAUCUCGGCAUGUUUCCAACGACGACAAGCAGGUCGUUUCACCAAUUUCGGAAGCUGCAAACAAUGACGACUCGAAUACGCCAUCAGCAGCACCAUCAUCAUCAUCGUCGUCGUCAUCAUCACCAGCAGCAACCGAACCGCAGGAAUUCCGACGAGUAGUCGAUACACGACCACCACCCACGGCGGAUCAAAUGAUGUUGGCACUGGGGACCAAUCCUCGACGACUCUUGCUGGGAAAUUUGUCUGCCGCUGGAAUUGCUUUGGCUGGAAACUUUUUAGGUGUGACUAGCAAACUACUAACGGCAGUGCCUGAAGAAGUUGUGGAAAAGACCUCGUUGGAUACCUAUUAUCCCAGAGGUGAUUUCAAACGAUGUCGGUCAAGAGGAUACACCUUUGUCAUUCCCAAAGAAUGGGUCGCCGAUACCUUUGUCGAACUCGCCAAAGCCCAACGUCGAAUCCAACCAUUGGAUUAUACUAUGUCGGGACCAGGCAGCAGUCGACAACAGCAGCAACAACAACCCAAUACUCUACCCGAUGCCGCUUAUGGUCCUGCUGGUCGGUUAAAUUCCAAAGGAGUAUCGGAAUCGGGGGAUACCAAUGUGUCGGUCAUUGUCAACAAUGGUCUCAAGGGAUUUUCCCUAAUGGGAACACUGGGGACUCCUCAAAAUGCUGCCGAAUUUUUACUGAGUCGAUCCAUUGCCCCCGAAGGCAGUGGUCGAGUCGCUACCCUGCUCAAUUCGUUUGAAGACAAGGACCGGAAUGCCUAUCAAUUUGAAUAUAUUUUGGAUCGGGGAUCUAGGGGACCGCCUUUGCGUAAUAUCGCAGUCAUUGCCGGAAGCACCAAAGGCGAUGCCUUUUACACCUUGACGGUGGUGGCACCCGCCACCCAAUGGGAGAAGGAAGCGGUUUCAACGAAGCUGCGAAAAAUUGCCAGCAGUUUUCAUCUGACCGUGUAG